UCACACGAGGGUGCGCGUUGUGCACUCCCUUCUGAUUUAAGUUUGUGUCCGCCCUUUCUUCGUAAUUUCAUACUUCACACAACAGCGACAAUAGUAUUCCACACGCGUAUACCCAUUCCAUCAAACAAACAAACUCCCAAUCAAAUUCAACAAUUCCAUCCCCAAAAUCAAACAUUCAUCAAAUCAAAUCGAUGAAACCCUCAUCGUCAUCGAUGACUUCCCUCUCCUCCAUCUCCGAUCAUCAUCAUCAUCAUCAAUCCAUCUCCCCCCGAACCUCAAUUUCCAGUUAGGGUUCGCAAUUCAUCAAAACCCCGCCUUACUUUCUAGGGUUAGUUCGUUUUCGUUAAUUGUUAUUUGAUUUUCAUAUUUACACACGUAUAUAUAUGUGCGAAGAUGUACAGUAAUUUCAAAGAGCAAGCGAUCGAGUACGUGAAGCAAGCGGUGCAAGAGGACAAUGCUGGAAACUACGCCAAGGCCUUUCCUUUAUAUAUGAACGCUUUGGAGUACUUCAAGACCCAUUUGAAGUACGAGAAGAACCCUAAAAUCAAGGAGGCUAUUACCCAGAAAUUCACCGAGUACUUGCGACGUGCUGAGGAGAUCAGGGCCGUGCUCGACGAGGGUGGCGCGGCUGGGCCGGCGGCCAACGGUGAUGCUGCGGUGGCAACGCGGCCGAAGACGAAGCCCAAAGAUGGGGGAGAAGGUGGUGGGGAUGGAGAGGAGCAGUCGAAGCUGAGGGCAGGGCUUAACUCGGCGAUUAUUAGGGAGAAGCCGAAUGUGAAGUGGAAUGAUGUGGCGGGGCUUGAGAGCGCCAAGCAGGCGUUGCAGGAGGCUGUUAUAUUGCCGGUUAAAUUCCCGCAGUUCUUUGUUGGAAAGAGGAGGCCAUGGAGGGCUUUUCUUUUGUAUGGUCCACCUGGAACAGGGAAGUCAUACCUAGCCAAGGCUGUUGCAACUGAAGCAGACUCUACCUUUUUCAGGUAAUCUAGGACAAGUUGGCAUUGAAGAAACCUUUAAGGAUCAAUGAGGCAACUUUAGGUCUUUCCAAGUUAGUUGGUGUAAGGCUUUGCUAUAAAGUGGAGAUAUUUGCUGCCUUUGUGAGGCGUCAGAAUACUGCCACUUUGUUACUUGGUCACUGUGUUGUAGGAGGAGAUUCUUCUGCAGUUGUUAACUGACUCAAUUUGAGGAGCUGAGUUAAAAGGUUUUUCUCAGGAACACAAGAGAUACCUUGAUGAGAAGUGUACACGAAAAGCUUUGAGGUACUUAAUUUUGAAUGGGCCUCCUUUGAGUUGUACUUUUUAUCCUCCUUUGAGCUUUUCCCUUUAUUGGGCUUGGCAUCACUUGAGGUGCAGAAAGUUCUUGAUUGGUCUUCACUUUACUCAUGGAAUACUGAUGGAUUUCCAGGUCCAGCUAUGAGGAGGCUGAAUUUAUAGCCAAGUGUGCAUUUUAGCCUUGGAAUCCUUUUUAAAGACAAUUAUUAGCCUUCUUGAUUGUAUGUGAUUUAAUGUUUUAACCUUCUCUUUCUCUCCUUUUUGCUGGGUUCUGUCUCUUUUCACAUUUGGGUUUCUUGUCAUGUUUCUGUAUUUCCUUCAACUUAACAUAAACUGUUAUUUCAUAGCCACAUUUUUAGCUUUAUUCAAACUCCAAAAAAUAAAAAUAAAAAAAAACCCAAACUUUUGAGGUUUUUUUUAUAAUUUUUAAUUUUUUAUAUUUUUUUUUAUAAUUAUUAUUCUAAAUUGGCUGUGGGCAGCUAGAAAAUGUGGUCUUUUUUCCUCUUUAUAAUUGCAUAAGAAGCAAUCCUGAUAACGUCACCAAGGCUGAUGCAGACUCAGCAAGUAUCUUGUUGGAGAGGAUUUAUUUAUUUUAUUAAAUUCUUUUGACCUUGAAAGAAGAUAAUACAGAAAGUCUAAAAAAACUUGGAGCUUCCUUGUUUGAUGAAGAGGUUGUAGAUUGUCAGAUCUAUUCGUAUGUGGUAGGACUGCAAGUUUGGUUGGGUUAGUCUGUGUGACACGAGAUCAGCCUAGAGAAUGGACCUUCAAGUGCCAAAUAGCUGCAACUGACAUUGUUGGCUGUACUAUACCACUUUUUCUCCUUGAUUUGAACCCUCUUUUAUGUUUUUAAAUGGGGGUGGGAGGUGAUUUCGGUUUGGUUGAGUCAAGGAAUAUGCUUCCAGUACAGUAGAGCAAUGCUUAAUGUCUUGGUAGUUCAGAUUUAUUUUAAAAAUAUUUUGAUUGACACUUUGUUUCUGUGCUCCUCAGUAAAGGGAAUUUGAGACCAUUUAAUCAAUUCAUGAUUGUUUACAACUAAUUCAUUGCAGAUACAAGUCACAAGAAUUUAUGUGUCAUUUUCUAUUCAUACCCAAAGAAAAUAAAAAA